AUGUGGACAGGCUUGAUUGGUAAUCAAGUUAUUGGUCCGGUACAACUUCCAAACCCACUAAACGCUGAAAAUUACCUUGAGUUCCUGCAGGAUAUACUUCCAGGAUUGCUUGAUGGUGUGCCAGAAGAACUGCAAGAAAAUCUUAUUUUCAUGCAUGACGGUGCACCAGCACAUACUGCUGUGAAUGUUAGGAAUUAUCUUGAUCAGGUAUAUGGCAGCCAUUGGAUAGGCAAUAAUGGUCCAGUACGCUGGCCAGCAAGAUCUCCUGAUUUGAACCCAUUGGACUACUUUUACUGGGGGACAUCCAAAGAAGCAGUUUAUCACAAUGGCGGCCUCAAUGACCCAAAUGACAUGAUACAAAGAAUCCAACAUCACGCCCAGUAUCUAGAACCCGAAAAAAUACAUGCAGCUACACAUCAGAUAAGACGUAGAUCUAUUUUGUGUAUUCAGCAACAGGGGGGGCAUUUCGAACAAUGCUUGGAUGGUGAUGAUGGUGGUAAUGAUGAUGAUGAUGAUAUGAACAACGAUGAUGAAAAUGAUGGCAGCGAAGACGGUGAGGCUGAUGAUAGUAUGGAUGAAGAUGAUGACGACGUUGGCAACGAUCCAGAUUGGGAGAUAUGA